GUUGUACCAAUCAACAGAGAAACUCCUUAAAAGGUAAAAACAAUAAUAUUUACAAUCCCAAUUCUUAGAUGUCAACUGGAGGUUCAUGGGAUUCCAAUUCUUACUCUUGGAUUGAGGAGUUUCUGCUUUUGGAUCAGAAAGUACAGUUUCCUGUUUAUGAAAACGAUUCCAAAGAAAUGUUUUCUUGUAACGUUUCACCUCAUGAAUCCGAUCAAAUCAUCAAGGAAGAAUUAUUGGCAGAAGAAGUUACUAGUUCAUCCAAGGAAAUUACUAGCACUAAAAGGGAAGAAAAAGAAGAGAUUAAAACAAAAGAAGUAGAAAAGGCAUACAGAGGUGUUAGAAAAAGGGCAUGGGGUACGUAUGCAGCCGAAAUAAGAGAUUCAACUAGAAAUGGAGUUAGAGUUUGGAUUGGAACAUUUGAUAGUGCUGAAGCAGCCGCUUUAGCUUAUGAUCAAGCUGCAUUUUCAAUGAAAGGAUCCAUGGCUAUUCUUAAUUUUCCGGUCGAACGUGUUCGCGAGUCUUUAAAAGAUAUAAAGUACCGGUUCAAAGAUGGAUCGUCACCGGUUUUAGCUCUUAAGAGAGGUCACUCAAUGAAGAAUAAGAAGUUCAGUAGUAAGAAAAGCAAAGCAAGCAAGGUAGUUAAACCAUCACAAUCACCAUAUCCAUCGGCAUCAUCAAGUUCAUCAAACUCAACAGACCAUUACUUGGUUGAAUUUGAAGAUUUAGGGAAUGAUUACUUAGAGGAACUUUUAAGCUCAUAUGAAACUAGCACGACAAGUAGUUCUAGCUAGUAGUUCAUCAUUUUCUUAAGAAAUCAUU